UGAUUAAUCGAACUAUGCUUUCGUGACAUAAUAAUAUAACAUAACCUCAAUAAACAUAAAGGUCAUUUUUAGGCUAUUUUUGGAACCAUUUAGCAUUAACUAGACGUAACUCGAUCGAAAAGAUCUAAAUUUUCAAAAAAUUCUAGUCUAAAUAAGCUGAUUUAAAAAUGGUUCAUAUAAUUGAAGCUUUCUUAGCGGCUGAAUUUUCGUGUUUACCUCAAUUUUUAGAUAAAUACAUGGGUAAAUAUUAUUCCACAAAAAUUAGUAAUGGGGCUACUUGGGUGUUUUUUAUGUGGCACAUUAUCCAUUUUUUGUUUGAGGAAUCAAUUAACUUACUUUUAAAGCAAAUGAAAAUUAAAGAAUAUGUUCGAGUUCGAUUAAAACAUUCAAUUUGGUACCUUGGAUUCUACACGGUCUGCUUUGCUUACUGUUUGGGCACUUUAUACAGUAACAACAUCGAUAUUUUUAGCCAUCGCAAAUUACUUACAAUCGACAAUGAAAUGGUUCCAGGCUAUUUAAUCCUGGGAUUCGUUUUAUUAUGCACCUUUUAUGCGCAUUCGAUCAUUUGGGAAGGUUUAAAAAAAGGAUUUAGCAUGUCUUUAGUUAGUUAUAGCCUCCUCGUUGUUUUUAUUUUAACAACUUAUUUUUCAAGAAAAGUUGAGUUGUCAUUGUCUUUGUUAACGAUUGUAAGUUUUACUCAAUUUGGGGUUGAAAUGGCGCGAUGUUGCCAUACUUUAUUAAAAUCGAAUGGAGUUAUAUCGAGUUUUAUUUUAAAAACAACCUUGGGAUUAGCUAUUUUAUUAUUCAUAUUAACCCAUCUCUUUAUAAUACCAUUAUUUUUUUUAUUCCCAUUGAUGUACAGUUUUUUAUGGGAAUCACAAAGCAGUUCGAUUAUAACCUUCAACGUAAUUUUAUGGCUUUGGUUAUUUUGUGAAAUCAUAAACAAUCCUCUUUAUAAAUUAAUUCGUCAUUGGUUGGAUCAUAAUUCAUCUGUAACCAAUAAAGAUAAUAUUUGUCCUGGGACAGCUUUAGAAUGCGCAUUAUUUCAAACUCGGGAUGAUGAGGCUUAUAAUAUGCAAUUAAUUCGGCGAGCAAUUAAGGAACGCGAAGCUAGAUUAAUAGCGUUAAGAAAACCAAAAAGUAGAAGCAUGUUGCUGCAAACAUUAAAAUGUAUGGUUGCAAUUAAACGAAAAAUUAAAGAGAAGCGAAGCAAUGAGAGUUCAGAUGACUCAGAGGAGGAGUCGGAAGAGUAUUCGGAAACUGAUCGCGUUGAAACUGAGGAUAAAGAAUGCAAUUCAGACGAUGAAGACGACGACACCAAUGAUAUGAAUGAUGAUCGGGAAGUUUUGGUUAAAAAUGUUGAUAAUGAAGAUCGAGAAUCUUUGAUUAAAAAUUCAAUUAAUACAGUUGUUGAGACUAUUGUUGGAAACGACGAGAGAGAAGUUUUCAGUGGCGAUAGUAAAAUAUUUAUGGAUGAAUAGAAGAUUUAAACACUAAAAAGAAGUCAAUAUCGGAAGUUACCAUUAAUUUAUAGCUUAGAUUUAUCAACAACUAAAUUAAUUAACGUGUUUUAAUUAAAAAGCUUUAAUAACUGUUAAAUAUUUUAUAAAAAAAAAUGUUUAUUGAACUUAAUAAAACUUUUCAGUAGAAAAUGUCAAUUAUUUACCGCCAUCUACUGAUACAAACCCGAAA